GUAGACUUUAUUUCAAGCCCCCUUUCCUCGCCUCGCUAGACUUUCACGUAGCUACAACGAAACACCGGUGUACCCCAGCCUCCCAAGGCGCAGUAUCGGCCAUUUCUUACCGCAAUUUCACUAUUUCUUUGCAGCCGUCAGCAUACAGCAAACCGACGCCAGGUCAAUGUAGAGCGUCUGCAACAAUCUGCUGGCCUCGGACUCCUUUCGCGCCAUCGUCGAACCGACCACCGUCCUUUACACAGCGCGAUACGGCCGCCCAAACUAGCUGGGUAGCUUUAAAGCGACACCGUUAAGAUGGCAUCUGUCAAUGACCCGAAGCGAGUCGUUCUUCGUUUUCAUGUUCAAUACGAGCUUGAGGAGGCCGCCAUAAAUGAACGAUUCUUUGCGCUAUACGGCUCUGACCAUCCCAAUAACGAUUUCUUCUCUCACUUAAUGGCUCCCAACGAAUCUUCUCAGAUGCACAUUGUUUUGGACUUCAAUUGUAAAUUACAUCCAACCAUCGAUAACAACGAGAUAGCAUACGAAGUCUUCAAAGUUAAAAGGAAAGACGAUUUUGAAUUCGAAAAGCUAAACGAUACUGCAUGCCAACAAGCUCGCAUGCGCUGCGAGAGGAUCAAAUGGGGCACCAACUGACCUCAAUCUGAAGAAUUAGAUGGCGUCCGUGCAUUGCAAACAGGGCACUCUCCUUGUACAUUUGUAUCUUGAGCAUCAAGGGACAAAGGUAAGUCCCUUAGCUGCCCACUUGCAGGCAUACAGAGUUGUUGGUUCGGGCGGGCUCGCGCAGCCGCGCAUCGCAGAUAGUCACCCCUGACUUGAUGUUGAGGGUUGCGACGACAACUGGCAUAUGUUGUAACCUGGAUAUCGCACAUGUUGAUAUAUUUAUCUGUGUAGAUUUGAUUAGAUUAGAAUCGAGAAAUAUUUAUUGAGCGACACUUGAGGGUCGAAAGCUGAAUGAAAAGGCUGCUUUGGCUGCAGGCGCUGAUGUCUU